UCUAAGAUUGUUUCGAACCCGUGGCUGUUCUCAACGGAAUAGUACGAAACGGUAUUUUUUUCGCGAAAAAAUAUUGGUUAAAAACUUUCGUAUUUUCCAUUUUCGAUAGAGAAAAAAGGAUACUUUCUACUGUCUUUUGAUUUUAAAGAGCAAUUUUCCGAAAUUCGCUGGUGACUAUUUAAAAGCGUUGCGUUUCUUGUGUAUCUAGUCGGAAGUCGGUUCGGAACUCUGUCCCAGGAAAAAUUCCUUCAAAGGCACAGAGCAGAGGAAGAGUGGAAAUAUUCAAUGGCUGGGCUUUGUUAGAGAAAUUGUCAUCCGGAAUGGACUGGAGCCCAUUAUAAUGGCUAACUUUUUAGAGCUUUGAUAAUUAUAUACUCAAUUUUGAUAUUUUUUGUUCGCUUCGUCUCGCAAAUGGGUUUGUUCUGCUGCUAGUGAAAUUGGGGUUGUUUUAUAUAUGUCGCGUUGUGCUCGUUUGUACUCGUACGUCUAAUUUUGCAGGGUGUCCAGGUCACUUUCAUGGUGUGUCCAUUAUUUUUCCGGUACGCGUGUGAUAUUGUCUGGCAUAUGAAAACCGAUCUUAUUUCGUUCCUUACUUAAUGCGGAAAGCAGAAAGCAGUUGAAAAAGUCAAAUUAAGUAUCAGAAGAAGUGCAUGCAUAUGUGAAUUGUUUCUAUAAUUGGCCUCUAUUGUGUGGCGUAAAAUAGUACUAGCAGUGCUGGAUCACUUGUUAUACUCUAUGGCAAGUAGAUAAAACAGGGAAAACUGGAUAGUGAGGUGGAAAACUAGCAGCGCUAAUUUCACGGCUUGGAGAUAAUCGAGACGCAAAAUUCAUAGAAGGGCAGACAACUAUCGAGCGAGUGGCAAAACAACAAUGGGUACCGUUUUGAGCUUUAGUCCGCGGGAACGACGUCCUGUCUAUUCAACGCAUCAUCACAGCCAUCAUCAUCAUCAUCACCAUCACCACAACGGCAUCGGAAGUGGCGGAGGCAGUGGUGGUACAGGGAGUCUGAGUUCAUCAAACUCAGCAGACUUCCCUUUGAACAAUUUCUCCUACGAACAAUUGAACAAUGCCAAAAAUCGAGAAAAUACGAAACCCAUUUGUCAACAGUUGCCUAACAACAAUAACGGUAAUAUGGUGCUUCUGGGACAAACACACAACAAUCAUGCAAAUACAAUUAAUAAUAAUAAUAAUAACGGUAACUCUACAUCGGAUCGUAGUAGCGAUAGUGCGCGAAUUCUCUCAGAAAAAAAUGCACUAGAAAAGAAUCUCAAGAAACAUUCCCUCUUCAUUAACGCCCUGUCCUGGAAGAGAUUAGCAGCAUCUCAUGGCAAGAAGAAAAUGGAUAAUAACAAGAACAAAGCGGCUAAUCUUCCCACAGCGAACUAUCGGGCACCUUUGGUUGAUGCAACUCACCCCCUGGUCGUAGACAAAAACAAGAACAUUCAACAACAAGCACAGCAAUUACAGCAGCAGCAAGCACAACAACAAACACAAGUAUACUAUACGCCAGGGGCCCCGAAGAGCGCUUUGCUAGCUUUGGAUCUGGUGAGGGCUAAUAACACUAAUCCAACCCAGCAGCCGGAUAAACUUGCAGCAAAAUUACCAUUGUCCUUACCAUUGCCGUUGCCAUUACAGACUUCAAUUUCACAACCUCAGCAACACAGCCAUGGACCCAGAAAGACUGUCAUUCAGGCAUCAACGUCGGAAUUACUUAAGUGCCUGGGAAUGUUUUUACACGAUCGUUGCCGAAAACUAAGAGAUUUCCAAGCUGGAGAUGCUGUUAUGUGGCUCAGAGCUGUAGAUAGAAGUCUGCUCCUGCAAGGAUGGCAGGAUGUAGCGUUUAUUAAUCCAGCCAAUGUUGUAUUCGUUUAUAUGCUUGUUCGUGAACUAGUCGAUGGUGAUGAAACAAAGGAAUCAGAAUUACAAGCCGCCGUUUUAACGUGUCUUUAUUUAUCUUACUCAUACAUGGGCAACGAAAUCAGUUAUCCUCUAAAACCUUUUCUCGUUGAAGACUCAAAAGAAAAAUUUUGGGAUAGGUGUCUAUUAAUUGUUAAUCGACUUAGCGGUAAUAUGUUACGAAUAAAUGCCGAGCCAGGCUUCUUCACAGAAGUUUUUACUGAAUUGAAAGCUUGCGGCAUGAGCACAAAUAAUAAUACGCCCUCGAAUACAGUAUCGUGCGGAGCUGCUUGACGUAAACAUCCACGCGAAGUCGUCGUUAAACUAUCUAUAGCAGGCCAUCAACAAAAAUAUCAACAUCAAACUACCCUGCAAGAACUCACCAGUGUUGUUUAAAAAAUUAUAUUCCAAACGGUAAAUUAAUAUAAAGAAAUAUAUUUUGUAAAUGAACACGAAAAAUGGUAAAUAAUUUGCAAUAUGAUAUUGUUUUUGAUUUAGUUGUUAUAAUUUUAAAUGUAAUAUAGAACUCAUUUCUCAUUGAGAAAAAAAAAUCAGAUAAAAUCCUCAAACCACAUGUGGUGCAUGACUUUCGUUUCUGUUUUGUAAAUCCCAAUCAUAUUCCCAAAAUUGAUAUUCUUUUUUUUGUUUAUCCUUAAAAGCAAAAAAAAUUGGGAAUACGCCGUACAGAAGUAGGAAUAAAUAUUCGGCUCAAUUAAUACGGUAACCAUUUUAAAGAAACCAAUUGUGUAUUUGUUAUAAACUAAAGCGUAAACUAAUCUUAAAAAUUGAAAACCAAAAAAAUAAAAGCGAAAAAGACAAAUAUUACUAUUAAAAAAUAAAUUAUUGAAUCUAACCACAAGAAACAAAGUUAAAAAAAAGCAACAAAAAAAUAUACAAAUGAGAUGAAAACUGAAACGAUGGAAUAUUGAUGAAAACCUAAUAACCAAAUUAUACAUAAAUGAUAUUAUUUUUAGCUGUUAUAGAAGCGUGAAUGUAGAUUGUAUUUGAAGAAGAAAAUGUAACGAAAACAAAGGACGUAAAUGAGAUUACAACAAAGAAGUUGUUUGGAAAAAUCAAGAUAUUCAUGAUGUUCAUUAAAUAAAAUUUAAUAAAAGAAUAUAAAAUGUGA